AUGUAAUUUUAUGGUUUACUUCCUGCUCCAAAUCCAUUAGUAUAAGCAGCUGAUCCUGAAAUUAAAUAAAAAAUGUAUAAAUCUAAAUGAAUAAGUGGAUGGAUAAGAAAGAAAGAUGCUUAUGAUGAAAAAUUUUCAGCAUUUAACAUGUGGGAUUAUUUUAGUGAUAAUAAAGUUAAUCUAAUUUAUUAGCGUUUUGAUAAUUAUCCAUGGUCAAUGAUUCCACUAAAUAAUAAUCGAUUUGCUGCUUCAUGUUUCUUUGAUUGCAAAAAACUAAUGGCUUUAAAUAGGGAGAUAAGAUUAUCAGAAUUUACAUUGGUUUUAAACAAAUAUUUGUAUCCAACUACAAUGAAAUAAAAAGAAUAAAAACAACUUUCUUUAGAGUAAGAUAGUAAAAAAUAUAAUGGACUUAAAUUUGAUUCCAAUUUCGAAAGUGGAAACUUAUUUACAUCAUAUAAAGUUGGUCCAAAUGAAUAUGAUUUAAUGAUGUAAAAUGACACAAAUACAAAAGGAAAUACUUAAUGGUUUUAUUUCUCAGUUGAAAACACAAUAAAAAAUUGCAUAGUUACUUUUAAUAUCAUAAAUUUUGUAACUUAAAUAUUUUUAUCAAGCUAUGUAGAUAAAAUGUGAUUCAUUAUUUAAUAUGGGAUAAAAACCAGUUAUUUUUUCAACAAAAAGUAAUAAAAUAAGAGGAACAGGAUGGAUAAAGGGAGGACAUAAUAUAAUUUACUUUAGAAAUAAAUUUAAACGAGAGAAUAGUUCAUUUAAAACUUAUAAUACACUGUCUUUUAGUUAUAAAUUCGAACAUUCUAAUGAUAAAGUUUAUUUUGCUUAAUGUUAUCCAUAUACCUAUUCUUAAUUAAAUAAUUUUAUAGAAAGAUCAAUUAAACCAAAUAAAGUAUAAAAAUGAUUAAAUUAGUUUGCUAUAAUAAAGGAGUUAUGCAAAACAAUAUCUAAAUUGUCAUGUCCAUUAAUUACUAUAGGAAAUGGCAAAAAAGCUAUAAUAUUGAUGGCUAGAUAGCAUCCCGGUGAAACACCUGGUUCUUUUACUAUUGAAGGAGCAAUUGAAUUUUUAUUAAGUAAUUGUAUGGAAGCAGAAAUUUUAAGAAAUAAUUUUACUUUUUAUAUAAUUCCUAUGAUAAAUCCAGAUGGAGUUGUUUUUGGAAAUUAUAGAUGUAAUCUUUAUGGGACUGAUCUCAAUAGAAUUUGGAUUAAUCCACAUAAAGAAUUACAUGAUUCUGUUUGGCAUGUAAGAGAAUUAAUUAGAUAAAUAAAUUAAACAGCAGAAUUAUGUUUAAUUAUAGAUUUUCAUGGACAUUCAAAAAAGUAAAAUUUAUUUAUAAUUAUAGAUUUAAUAGUUUCUUUUAUGCUAAUAGUUUUUGUGAUGAAUAAAAAUUAUUACCCUUAAUAAGUUGUAAUCUCUCUAAAAUGAUGAAUUUAAAAGAUUGCUCUUUUAGUAUUCAUGAAAGUAAAAAGAAAACAGCAAGAGUAGCUUUAUAAUAGGAAGUUAAAAAUGGAUUUACAUAUACAAUAGAAAUUUCUUUUCAUGCUUUUCGAAAAGAAAUCUUGUAAGAUUUUACUGAAAAUUCAUAUAAAUAAAUAGGUGAAGAUGUUUCGCUAGCAAUAUAUAAAUUAUUUGAAAAUUAAAUGGUAAACUGCAGCAAAUUGCCGAGAGCUUUAACAAUAUCAUAAAAUGAGGAACUAGAUAAAUUAAUUAAAGAUUGUGAUCUAAGCUAACUUUAAAUAGGUGAGGAUGAUUCAGAAAGUGAUUCAAAUCCAGAAGAAGAUAUGUUAUUGGAAUAGGAAGUUUAAUCAUUUUUUGAUUUUAAAAAGUAAAAUAAAAUAAUAAUAUCUGCUAAAAAAAAGAUUAAUAAAUAAGAGAAAUCAUCGUAAACUGAUAUUUAACAUUAUUAAAAUCUUAUGUUAGAUGAAAAGGUUUUGUAAAGAAUUGAAGAAUAGGUAAAAUUAAUAAGAAAAACUAAUCCUGAAUCUCUUGAAUUUCAAAGCAUUUAAGAUCUUUAUUCCAAUUAUAAUGAUGUUCCAUUAUAAGAUGGAUUUUAAAACUCAUUUUAAUAAACUGACAUUUCUUUAUAAUAAAUUUUAGGCAAAAUGUAAGUUUAUCAUGUUAGAGUUUCUAAUAAGUAUAAUAUUUGUUAUAUUUAGAAAUUCUAUGUAUUAAAAUUAAUUUGCUACUCAAACUAGUAAACCAGUUGUAAUAGUUCUUAAAAAUCCAUAUUCAAAACAAUAAAUACAAUAAUAACAAUAAUAGUCAUCACCACAACACUAAGAAAUAUUUUCUAAUAAAAAUAGAAGGAGAAUAAAAUCCAUAAAUGAAAGAUCUUCUAUGGAAUAUAAACGAUUAUCUAAUGAGAGAAAAUAUAGUAUUUAAUAAUAUACUUAAGAGAAAAAUCAUGCUAUUAGUUUCACUUAAUAGCAAGCUACUCCUAAAAAUUUGUUAACUCAAGAUGCUACUUUUGAAAAAAUUGCAAAUAUAAGUAAACUCAAGUUUUAUGAUAAAUAAAUGCUUAAAAAUUUGUUUUGA